CUCUCGUAGGCCCUGUAGUUUGUGCCUUUGUGCAGUGCGCUCGUGUCAUUGAACCCGUGUAGUGCGAAUCAAAAUGACCACAUCGAGUACGCCGACCUAUGCCUACGUCAAGUACCACGACGGUGCGAAGGCGAUAGUCCAUGUAUCGCUAAUAAAGAAGUACUCCCCGUCUUCGGUGGACGACUUGGCCAAAAAAAAGAUGGUGUAUUGGUGCAGCACAUCAAGCCAGGAGGCGAAGCACAGCGACGAGGAUUUUUACAUGGCUGACGUUGUGGAGCUUGGCCUGACAAAAGGAGACCUCAUUCGAAGGCUCGUGAGGAGAAAAAUCGCAAUUCCGGAUUUUAUUUUUGAUGGCGACACAUCUGAAGCACCUCGUUUGGUGACACAUGUGCCAUCGGCGAAAAAGACUGCACAAUAUACGAAGGCUGCGCAUCAGCGCAAAAUGGCAGGGAUGCUUUCGGACCGGGCCACCAGCUCCGAUGACGAUGCCGAUGACGACGUUGUGCCGAAAAAAUUGCUCAUUGAAGAGCAAAAAAAAAAUGCAACACUCUGCCGCAAACUGGCAAUUCUAAGAAGAGAGAAAGACGAGCUGCAGGCACGGCAUGAUCGCCUAGAGGAUAACCUUCUCAACAGACUCGAAUCCUUGCUUACAACAAAUUGCCGUCAGUGUUGCAAGGAGAACACUGUGCCUACAAGCUUUGUACGUAAAGAUAGUGCUCCAAGGGAGGACAGCUUCAGAAUGGGCCACAUCAGUCCACGCAUCACAUCAGUCGGACCAGAUCAAUCUGAGAGUGACCCCAUCGUGCACGGACCUGCUGAGGAACCAUGCCAGGCUGUGUGCAUUCAAGAGCCUGAAAUCGCAGCACCACCAGAACCAGCAGCAGCACCACCAGAACCAGCAGCAGCACCACAAGCAGAACUACUAGCAGACGUUCAUGGCAAGGUACACCUGGGCAAUGGCGUCUGGGUAGAAAAAGAGAGGUGGGAGCUGCUGCUGGGGCGUGACCGGGACUCCCUCUUCUGCAAGGAGCUUGCAAAGCUGGUGUGGGGAGUCCCGGCACUUAGAGGUCGGAGCGUCACAGGGGCUCCUUGUCGGCGGUACCUCAAGGAGGGCAACGCCAUCGAGAAGCCGGCAUUGAGCCCUCAUAAAUUGGAAGCUGUAGGUAAUGCAUUUGAUGCUUACCUAUCAAAAAAUGGGGCCUCAAAAGAAGAGCUGAAGCCAAGACGUGGAAAACUAAACAGAUAUCUUGCUGAUAUGCUCAGGGAUAUUAAAUAAAUUCAGAAGCUGUACAUUUUAUGUAAAUAAAGUGCAUGUUUUCAACACCAU